AUGCUGAUGCUGCCUCUGAUAGUCGCCAGUAUUAUUACAGGCGUCAUUACCUACUGCAUUGUGUUUGGUGUUAUUCUAAACCAACUUGGUCAUCGUGGAGGCGUGGUGGAACAAUUCUUCACCGUCAUCAAUCUCGUCACCUUCAAAAUGAUCACACUUGUCAUGUGUGCUGCCACGCUGCCGGUGACGAUGCAGUGUGUGGAGCAGCGGAUGAAGAUGGACACACGGAUUUCCCGUUUCAUCCUCCCAGUGGGUGCCACAGUCAACAUUGACGGCGCUGCUGUGUUUUGCCAUUGUCUGAUGUUCAUUGCUCAGUACAAUGGGAUCAGCCUGACAUUCGGAGAGAUCAGUGUAGGAUCUGCUGGUGUCCCUGGCGCUGCUGUUGCUAUGAUGUUGCUUGUUCUGAAAGCUAUUGGUCUCCCGGAACGAGGAAUAUCUUUCUUGGUCACCGUUGAUUGGUUGAUGGAUCGUUUCCGCACAAUGGUAAAUGUGGCUAGUGAUUGUCUGGUCGUAGGAGUUGUCUCCCAUUACACAAAGCUCCCACCACGUGAAACAUCAGAGACUCAAAGUGAUCCUUUGCGGGAAGAGCAGGAGAUGCUGGAGAAUGACCUGGUGUGA